AUGUCAAACAAAUUUUUAUAUUUUGCAUACGGAAGUAAUAUGUUAAUGAAAAGAAUACAUAUUAAUAAUCCAACAGCAAUACGAAAAGACAUCGGCGUUUUGAAGAAUUUCAGAUUAGAUUUCAUAACACAUUCAAAGAGAUGGGGUGGAUGCUCUGCAACAAUUGUUCCCACAAAGAAUUAUACUGUAUGGGGAACAGUUUGGGAAUUAGAUGAAUGUAAUAUUUAUACACUAGACUGUCAAGAAGGUGUUGCAGAUAAAUUGUAUUUCCCUUUGAUGGUUGAUAUUGAAACAUUAGCUGGUAAAAUAUUACAGUGUAGAGUAUAUCAGCAAUAUAACAAUCCAGAUGAACAUGUAAAAUUGCAUUUACUACCAAAACAUAGAAGACCUUCACCAUUGUAUUUAAACAAUACCACAUAA